AUGUUAUCAUGUUCCCUCGGGUGAUUCUGAAUGGGACAAUGAUCAAAAAAUCUCAGCAAAAGAAAAUAAUAUCUCCAUGCAACUACAAAGAAAGAUUUUUUGUGCUGGACACACAGGAAUUGAAAUAUUCUGAGUGUCGCCCAGGAAAAAAACCUGUCAUUAAAGGUUGCAUCAGGUUAUGCAGCAUUAAGUGCGUCGAAAUAGUGUUUACCGAUCUCCCUAUACCAUGCUCCUUCAAGUACCCCUUUCAGGUUUUUCAUGACAACCAUUUCCUCUACAUUUUUGCCCCAGACAACGAUUGUCGUCUGAGGUGGGUUCAAGCUCUUAAAGAAGAGACAAAGAAUAACACGUUGGUUGAAAAAUACCACCCACAAUUUUGGAUGGGUGGAAAAUGGAGAUGUUGCCACCUGUCAAAUAAACUGGCAAAGGGUUGUCAUGCAUACGAUCCACUGGGUUAUGCCUCCAAAAAGCCACUUCCUGGAAUCCCAGAUGCAGAGGCAGAAUUGCAUGGUGCAUUGCAAAAGACGGUCAUUGCAUUGCAGAACUACACACCACUUACAAACAAAGAGUUGGCACUUCAGAAAGACAAGGUGUACACGCUGGUUGACACCUUCCAAGCUGACUGGUGGAAAGUGCAAGAUGAAAUGGGGAACACAGGUUUAGUUCCCAGCAUACACGUAAUCGAAAAUUCAGGAAACAACUUUGAGAGAUUUGAAUGGUACAGCAAGAACAUGACCAGAGAAGAAGCCGAAGACAUAUUAAUCAAAGAGGCAAAGGAGGGUGCAUUCAUGGUUCGGAACUCAAGACAGACUGGUGUCUACACGGUGUCAGUCUUCACCAAAGCAUCUAGCUCUAACGGGGAGAAACAUCCAGGUGUGAAACAUUACCAAAUUCGACAGCCGAAGACAGGAGAGCCUACUUUUUACUUAGCAGAGAAGUACCUGUUCCACUCUAUUCCUGAGCUGAUCCACUAUCACCAACACAACGCUGCGGGUCUGAUAACACGUCUGAGACAUCCUGUCACUCAAGCAGGUGGCUGCUCCCAGGCAAUUGCUGGUCUGUCUCAAGAUGAGUGGGAGGUGGACCCUGAAGAACUGGACUUUGGUCUAGAAGUCGGCAGAGGACAGUUCGGAUUGGUGCUGCAAGGGAGAUGGAGGGAGAAGAAGGUGGCGCUGAAAAUCAUAAAACAAGAGUGCAUGUCAAAUGAAGAAUUUAAAGAAGAGGCGAGGAUCAUGAUGAGACUGUGCCACUCAAAGCUAGUCCAGCUCUAUGGUGUAUGCACCCAACGUUCUCCUAUGUGUUUGGUGUUGGAGUUCAUGGACAAUGGCUGUCUGUCAGACUACCUGCGAAACAAAAAAGGGGCUUUAUCCCAGAAUGCAAUGUUGGAGAUGUGUUUGGAUGUCAGUGAAGGGAUGGCCUAUCUGGAGAUGUCUAACUUUAUCCACCGGGAUCUGGCUGCCAGGAAUUGCUUAGUUUCAAAUGAAUAUGUGGUGAAAUUGUCAGAUUUUGGCAUGACAAGAUAUGUGCUUGAUGAUCAGUACACAAGUUCCUUGUGUUCCAAGUUUCCCGUCAAGUGGUCAGCACCAGAGGUUAUCCGAUAUUGCAAGUUCAGCAGCAAGUCGGAUAUUUGGUCCUUUGGUGUUCUCAUGUGGGAAGUGUACACAGAGGGUCGCAUUCCUUAUGAGAACCGCACCAACGCUGAGGUGGUGGAGUCCCUAAAUGCUGGCAUGAGGCUGCUAAAGCCCAAGUUGGCACCAGAGUCUGUUUAUAUGCUCAUGGAAUGGUGUUGGAAAGAGAAACCAGUGGAUCGUCCGUCCUUCGCUCUGUUGCUGCACGAGCUAUCCUCACUCUCAUACUUAUAAGACCGGGAUAUUCAACUAAAUUGUUUUAGGGGCCAAAGUUCCAGAAAGCUAACGACCGGGGGGGCCGGGAAUAUUUUUCUUAUUUUGUCUUUCUUGAAAACCAGUGUCCUCUCCAAUGGACUUUUGUUUGCUUGUGUCAGAGUUACAAGAGUGCUCUGCAUCUUAGACAAACUGGUAAAAAGCUAGUCUAAGAUCAUCUAUAUGUACAGUAUGUAUGACAAGGCUCUACACUGUAAAAAAAAAGUCAGUAGAUAUGGUCAAAUACUAAAAUUUUUCGAUUUUACUGUUAAAAUAUAAGUGCUACCGUUUUUCCAUUUACAGUAAUGCACUGUAAGAACAAUCAUAGAUAACAUAGUAAAAGAAAACAAAAAAACUGUCAGCUCAGUUGCCAGAAUUUUACCAUAAUAAUAACAGUGGUACAAUUAUUCUGUGUAAAAAAAAAAAAACACUGUCAAUUUUGUUGUAAAAUUAUGGCUUGAGAGCUCCCAGUUUUUUUUUUUUUUACUGAAUUGUUUUUAUUCCGACAUGUAACUUAUUCCCGGAAGUGAAAGGCGGUGGUGGCCAACCCAGCCGAGAUGGCUGUGGUACAGCAAUCAGCGCGCGAACUGAGCACAAAAGAGGCUUAAAUCUACGAGCAAAAAUGCAAAAUAUGCAAUUGAAUCUGUCAAGUGAUAUCAAGGAUUAUACGUUGGUCGCCUUCCCAGACAUAUUAAACUAUUGAGCAUCA